GAGGUGGCCACUGUGGGCCGGUGCAUCCAACUCAUUCCACCGUCUCUCUCGCCCCAGGUCUUCACGGAGGUCAGCGCACUGUCGAAACUUCUCAUUAUUGCCCUUCCUUCGAAGUGAUCCUGGCGAAUGCGUCUUUCAUGGUAACAGCAGCAGGGCAACGAUGGAAUCCCAAACAUUCGCUUCGCUCGCUCAUGUUCGUAUACUACUUCUCCCUUUCGGAGACAUACGCCGGUCUACCUACGACAAGUGGGCUUCAGAGAUAAGAAGCUUUGAGAGCAUACCAUUAGGUGACAUACCCGCCGACACCAGGGAUGAAAGAGCCCGCUUCAUGCCCGGACCACUCGCUAGCGGCCAUAUACACCUGAGCUUCUCGUCUCAUCUUCCUCCACCGACUCGCGGUGCCCUUGCCCUGUUUCGUCCGUCUGACCUGCCCCUCGGUGUCAUUGGCAUCGCAUCUUGCUCGCACUCUGACGCGUUACCAUCUACACUCUCUUCAUUCACAAACACAUUGCGCGAGCUGUCUAGCAAUGGGACAUCAUUUGAAACCCCUGGUAGAUGUCUUGUAUUCGAAGAGAGCGAUGCCAAUCUCGAUGUCGGUGAUGGUUUCCCUGGGCUGGUGGUGAUCCCGUCAGUCAUGGGACAUAAGCGAAUGUAUAUUGGCACAUUGCUCGCUGAACUUUGCUCGGAUAUUCUCGGGGAAUUUGCAGUACUGAUGCAAUCGCUGGAGACUCCUCUUGGGAAUGAGUAUUUGAAUGCUUCCCUAUUUCCUUUGCUCCCUCCUCCCUCAGAACUGCCAAGGUCACUCGAUCCUGAGUUUGAUCGCCAUGAUUCUUUGCCCCCACUUCCAUCUCAGCACAGCCAGCCAGAGUUGAGUUUACUGAAUGGCUCUACACGGUCAAAGACCCCACUAUCUAGGCGCAUUUCCACUGGGCCAGGACUAUUCCAAACUCGCCAUGCAAGCCUCCCAACGAGUCCAGCGCCAAUGAAGAAACGACCCGCGGCGAUCGGUGCAGUCUCCUCCCAUGGUAGACUCUUCAAGGUUUUAGCGGAUUUAUUCCUGCUAGCUGGUCGACACGCGGACUCUCUCAUCUGGUAUACCGAAGCAAUCGCCUUAUUCAAGGGACCACAGGAUGCAAUAUGGCAUGCCUCUGCAUUGGAGGGUCUGGCUACUAUUCCAGUGGUGCAAGCGUGGUCAUCGUCACAGGCAGCCACGCUCCCCGCGGGUGAUAAAGACCCAUGGCAAGACAUUAACGACAAGCUGGUGCAAGCCAUCGCUCUGUAUUUCAAGACGCCACCCCAAUCCGACCACGAACGUACAUAUCCUUUACAGGCCUAUUUGUACAUCCAAGCUGUCCUCCGUCAGACAACUCUCCUUUUGACGACAUGGUGCGCUAAAGGAUGGGGACCGCAGACCUACGCAAGGCUCGUGCAUCCAGGGCCACACCCCUAUACCCUGCCUGUCUCGGCCGACACGAGCACCAAUGCAGAUGGUGUCACCAUUACCGUGAAGGCUCCUCCGAGGGAACUGAGCUACGCAGACAUGGAACGUCUGACAACCAUAUCCGGCAUUUCCCGUUCGCAGAUUGCAUCCGUACUUGCGCAGAUACAUGGUCCUUGGCUGCUCCAUCUGGACGCACGUGAACGUAUCAAUACACUCCAAACUGUUGCUGGCAUGUUUGGCGUGCUCGGGUAUCUUCGUAAGGAGGCCUAUAUUCUACGGGAGUUAUUGGGAUCGGUCAUGGACCUCAUUGUUUGUGGACGCGAUGAAGGCGGACGCACAUCGAAUCCGGGCCUGGGUAUCCAAAGAAAUGGGUCCGAGGAUCAUACAUCGAACCACGCUACCGUUGGGGUCAGGGAGAACCAGAGGGACGAAGGGAAUGAUGCUAUGCUCAGAAUUGUCAAGCAUGUAUGCAGAGUGCAUGGCGUCGACCUUGAGGCUGUCAAGCUCGUCGAUAUCUCUGCCCGACAUUCCCAGCCCGGCGUGGAAGAACAGGAUGUCAGCGACGAGAUUGCAGAACAGGAGGAAGAACAGUCGGUGGAUGAUCCAUUUGGUUGGCCUGAGCUACAGAUUGGCAUCGUUCGUGAGGCUAUAGCCGUUGCGGAAGCAUUGCCCGAUUAUCCGUCCGUCGCCCAAUUCUCACUUUCGUCGUUAAAGAUGCUGCAUCCUGUCAUGAGCCAGAGUGAUCAGUUCCAUUUGUACCAUACUGCUACUCGAGCUAUGGCAACAGCGAUCCGCAGAGGUGAUAGGCGGUUGGUGGAAUAUUGGGCAGGACGUCCCUUGACUAGCAUAGAGGUCCUACCGCUGCCGCUCAUUCGCAUGCCAGUUGAGAAGCCAAUGUCCCUCUUAACACAGUCACAGCAACCUUCCAGUACCAACCCCCUCUUCGUCGGAGUAAAGGACCCGUUCUUGUACAACCCUAGGAAGCUGAUGUCAGAACAGGUGCAAAGUGUCCUGGUGCAAAAUGAACGCUUCGAGGCGGUUGUGACGUUGCGCAAUCCCUUCGUCUUUGAUCUACAGCUCGAAAGCGUGGCACUCAGCACAUCCGGAGUGCGCGUAGAAUCGGAGGCUAUGGCUGUGAUUGUGCCCGCGAACACAUACCAUCCGAUCACAAUCUCGGGCAAAGCACUCGAGGCUGGCACUCUUGUGAUCCGAGGAUGCGUGGUCCAAGCGCCUGGAGGCGCCCCGCGGGAAUAUGUUCUCCCACUGUCGACGGAAGAAGAGGAAGACCGGCGGCUGCGAAGACGCAGUGCGGUAGAGUUUGAUGCAGGUCGAUCAAAACGCACGGGUCUUGAUUCGCGUCCAUGGAAGCGGGCAAAUACACGAUUGAGCAAACAAAACGCUGCGACAUUUUCCGGUCCUCCUACCGUGCGUUUUCUCGAAUGCAAGGUGGUACCGGAACAGCCGCUCCUGCAGAUUAAGAGGACCUCACUCACACACGGGGCUGUCAUGCUGUAUGAGGGGGAAACAUCUAUCAUCCGGCUUACGCUUGAGAAUGUAUCCGCGCUAUCUGUUGACUUCAUCAGACUAUCAUUCGAUGAUUCUACAAUGGCUCCAGCUCAGGAAGCUCUAGCGGACGGAGAACUGUCUGUGUCCGAAACCUACGAAACAGAAUAUGAUCUCAUUCACAGACCAGUCUUCACAUGGGAUAGCACACGGGAUGUUGCCAGGGUAGACCCAGGUGAAAAAGCUACGAUAGUCGUGAAAUGUUUCGGGAAAGUAGGAUGCGUGAAUGGUGCCAUCCAUGUCUCAUAUGGAUAUGCACGGCGAGAUACUGCACCUGAAAAGCCUGCAAACGUCUUCCACACGCGGCAACUAUCGUACCCAGUCACCGUCACUGUCUAUCAGAUGCUAGAAUGCCAUUCGAUGGACAUCCUGCCGUAUUCCGAGAUCAUUGCGUUUGCAUCGAAAUCGGCUGAUGAAGAGUCCUCUGCGACGAAGGUCAGGAAGGCACUGCUGAACGUGGACGAUGUAGAAGACUGGUGUCUUUUCUCCGUCGAGGUCCGGAAUACGUACGGUUCGCCGUUCGAGGUCACAUUUGUACGGACUGAACCAGACACUGCAUCAACAACUACUCUGGUUGCACCCGGUUCAACUGCAAGAUUGGUCAUUCCCAUCAAAAAGAUCCAUCUAUCCGAGGAAGACAUUGCAAAACCAAUACCGACAUUGUCUGACCGGCAGUUCGUCGUCACCAAGUCCAAUCUAUCAUCAGCAGAGGUGAAGGCGCAACGUGAAUUGUUCUGGUACCGAGAGGAGCUGUUCAAAGUCAUUCAUGGGCGAUGGAGAGAGACCGGCGGUACACGUGUGGGCGAUCUCUCAUUGCGACAACAGCGAAUAACAUUGCCGAUGCUGGAGGUCCUGCGGACGGAAACCGCAAGAGUGAAGAUGUCGCUACAUUGCUUUGAUGAAGAUGAUGCUCUCCAGCCUGUUGCCGUGGAUCCAUCAGGAUCCAAAUACCUUCCUCCCCCGAAUGGGUUCGUCUACUUGCGGACGAAGGUCAUAAACCUUUCCCCCACUGACAUGAUCCUGUCGGUGAGUCUCUCCAUGGAGCCUGCGCAGUAUGUCAUUUCCCAAGGAGUCCUAGUGGACAUACCACUUGGACGCGUAGCACAUGGAGAGUCCCACGAGAUCGAGAUCCCUGUUGCUUUCGUUUCCAGGGGGCGUUUCAACCUUUCGGCGGAAGUGCUCGCCCUUGGCCAGCCUGCAAGUGCAGGCCCUGUUGGUCGGGGGCAGUUGACUGCGGUUGUCGAGGAUGACUUCACAUAG